AAGGCUGCCGCUCGCUGGAGGUGGUGGGAAUCCGAAGUUUGGGGAGCCUGGGCCUGAGAGGUCAAGGGUCAGUACAGUGCCAGAGGAGGAGAUGGUGAAGCAGACGAUCCAGAUUUUCGCCAGGGUGAAGCCCACUGUCCGGAAGCAGCCGCAAGGGAUUUAUUCCAUAGAUGAAGAUGAAAAAGUUACACCCAGCUUGGAAAUUAUCUUACCUCGUGAUUUGGCAGAUGGAUUUGUGAAUAAUAAGCGAGAAAGCUACAGAUUUAAAUUUCAAAGGAUUUUUGAUCAAGAUACAAACCAAGAGACCAUUUUUGAAAACAUUGCCAAGCCCGUGGCUGAGAGUGUCCUGGCCGGUUACAAUGGCACCAUCUUUGCAUACGGGCAAACAGGCAGCGGUAAGACCUUCACCAUCACGGGCGGGGCAGAGCGCUACAGCGACAGAGGCAUUAUCCCAAGGACACUGUCGUACAUUUUUGAGGAGUUGCAAAAGGACAGCAGCAAAAUAUACACAACGCACAUUUCUUACUUGGAAAUCUACAAUGAAUGCGGUUAUGAUCUCUUGGAUCCAAGACAUGAAGCCUCCAGUUUGGAAGACUUGCCGAAAGUGACAAUAUUGGAGGACCCUGAUCAGAACAUUCACCUGAAAAACCUGUCUCGCCAUCAGGCAACCACGGAGGAAGAGGCUCUGAACCUGCUUUUCUUAGGAGACACCAACAGGAUGAUUGCAGAGACUCCUAUGAACCAAGCUUCUACUCGUUCCCACUGCAUUUUCACUAUUCAUUUGUCAAGCAAAGAACCGGGAUCUGCAACUGUCCGACACGCCAAACUUCACCUGGUGGACCUGGCUGGCUCCGAGCGAGUCGCAAAGACUGGAGUAGGGGGCCAGCUCCUGACAGAGGCCAAGUACAUCAACCUGUCUCUGCAUUACUUAGAACAGGUCAUCAUCGCGCUUUCAGAGAAGCACCGUUCGCACAUCCCCUACAGGAACUCCAUGAUGACCAGUGUCCUGAGAGACAGUUUGGGAGGGAACUGCAUGACGACCAUGAUCGCCACGCUCUCUCUGGAGAAAAGGAACAUCGACGAGUCUAUAUCUACCUGCAGAUUUGCACAGCGAGUGGCGCUCAUCAAGAAUGAAGCUGUUCUUAAUGAAGAAAUUGACCCCAGACUGAUGAUCGCACGCCUGCAGAAGGAAGUCCAGGAGCUGAGGGAUGAGCUGGCCCUGGUCACGGGGGAGCUGAGGACCGAGGCACUCACAGAGGCGGAGCUCCUCCUGUUGGAAAAACAAAUAGCAUCCUUUUUGGAAGACCAGGAUCCAGAGAGUAGACUAGAGGUUGGCGCCGACAUGCGUAAAAUUCAUCACUGUUUCCGUCAUUUAAAGAAACUACUGAUGGACAAGAAGGGUGAUGGAACGAACACAAUGUCCUCUGAAAUCAAAGACCAGGACUAUCAGGAGCCACUGAAAGGGGAGGAAUAUAAAAAACUACGAGAUAUUCUACAGCAGAGAGAUAAUGAAAUCAAUAUUCUGGUCAAUAUGUUAAAGAAGGAAAAGAAGAAAGCUCAGGAUGCCCUCCACGCAUCUGGCGCAGAUAGAAACGAAUCUAGACGCGCACAGAACUCGCCCCUCCCCGCAGGGAACCCGGAGGGCCCAAGGACAUUGCCGCCCUCAGCUCCCACACAGGCCCAAGAUGCCACCACUUUUGGGCACAGAUCCAGUUUGCUCCAGAGAAAAACAG